AUGAAUGAAGCUAUGGCCAAGAUAAGAGCGCGCAUAAUCGCCUCACAAGAUCGACAAAAGAGCUAUGUUGAUCCUAAGCGUAAGCACGUUGAGUUCCAAGUGGGAAAUCAUGUAUUCCUAUGUGUUUCACCUAUUAAUGAAGUUAAGAAAUUUGGCAAGAAAGGAAAGUUAAGUCCUCGAUUUGUUGGACCAUUCAAGAUUUUAGAGAAAAUUGGUGAAGUGGCUUAUUGGUUAGCCAUGCCUCUAGCUCUAUCAGGAGGGCACAAUGUUUUUCAUGUGUCCAUGUUAUGCAAGUAUGUUUCUGACCCGUCCUACAUUCUUAGUUAUGAGGCCUUCGAUAUGCAACCAGACAUAUCAUAUGAAGAGAAGCCGAUAAGGAUUCUUGAUGAGAAGGGAAAAACAAUAAGGAGUAAGACGAUCAGGUUAGUUAAGGUCCUUUGGAAAAACGGCUCCACCGAAGAUGCAACAUGGGAGUUGGAAACCGAUACGAAGGAGCAAUACCCAGAGUUGUUCAGGUUAUGGGGUUAUGUCCUACACAGCUCUUCUUACUGGGCUUUGGCUCGUGGAUACAAUGUGCUGCAGUUUUAUCGACUAGAUUCUUAA